AUGGCUCCUUCUGGCAGGUGGUUCUUGACCUUCAAGAUUGAGUCGAGCCGCGGUCAAAAUGACAAGAUACGCCUGGAGGGUUUUGCCGAAACCCAUCUGGUCGGCCAGGAUCCUGGCGAAGGUCGCGUCUUCCGGAAGGCCGCGCGCCCAGCUACCGGUGAUGGCACUCAAGCACCCGCUUCUCCUUCAGCAACCAAGACGGGGGAUGCGGCCACGGUUGUGGAUACAGAGCGUCGGUCCUCCCUGCAGUUGGACGAUUCUGACCCCGAGGGCCGUCUGGAGUCGCUGCUGAUGCAUGAGGUGAUGGAGAUGCAGCCCUAUCAAGACGUCGACAGCUCUCUCCCCGAUACCGACGACGAUGACGAUCCUCCAAGACAACCGACUCCGGGACCUGAGCCUUCUGCUGCCGAGAUGCCAAGGGAAUCCAACUACAGACGCGCUAUGCUGAAGAGGGAGACCCGGCGUCGGGCUGACGGCCAAGCUAAGAUCCUCCACAAGGUCGCCAAGUUGAAGAGGAAAUUUUGGUACCGGGACCACGCCCAGAAGGUCCUGGGCGGGCUCCUCAAGUUCAAUCAGCAGAUCAUGCAGAGGCUCGUCGAGUCCGACAAGCAGAUCCCGCGUCGACGUGAUGAGCAGGGAUACUUUGGGUCGACGACUAGGCGGCCUAGCUCGACGGACUUUCGGGGAAUCAGUUGGCUCAGGAGGAGGGUGCUCAUGGUCGUGCUUGUUGGCGUAGCCGUUCCGCGCCUUGGUGGUGAAGUCGCAGGAGAGCAAACCGCGCAGCUCUCAACUUCCACCGACGCCGCCUCGAGCCCUGGAGUGGGUGGGUGCUGA